CAUUUUGAUUUCAACUUCGCUUCGAAAAGUUCGAAAUUUGAACUGUUGAAAGUUGAACUUGAAUCAGAAUGGUAUUUUUUACCUAAUAUACCUAUUUCUUUUAUGUGAUUAUUGUAUUUUCUACUAUUAAAUCAUGGUAGAACCGAAAACAGAACUCCAGAGAAAUGCGGUUGUUGAGGCUCGUCAAAAGGAGCUGGAUGUUUACCAGCGCGCUUUGGACAUCCAAUGGCUCAACAGCCGGAUGGAAGAUGGCCGAAUGGGCCGCUGCCUCGCCCUUAUACAGCGGGAGGCCGAGAUGGAAAAGGAUUUUCAGGAGAGAACAGAUCAUGCAGCCAUAGUCAAUGCAAGAGCAGAGAGAGAAACCAAACUAGGCAUAGAGAUAGCCAAGGUCCGGCGCGAAGAGGUCUGUCAGCUGCUCCGCAGACAUUAUCUGAGGGAACGGGACCCUAGUCUGAAGGAGCUGGCGAAAAAACUACAAGCUGGUUAUGUUUGUAGGGACAUACAACAGCAAAUCCUUCAUAAUGAGUACAGGAGGCUGCAGGAAAAGGCAGAAGAUGUGCGCUCCAACAACAUACUCCUGAACGCACUAUCAGAUGACAAAGACGCUGAAUAUCAAGAGGCUAAAGAGAAGAUGCAACGUACGACACAAUACUGCAAGGACUUGCAGCAACAGUUGGUCAACAGGCAACGGCAGAAACAGUGCCAGUACGAAGACUCGUUGAUUGAGAAGAAAAUGUUAGAGGAUAUUGUUAGGACGAUGUCUGAUGAGGAUAAACGAGAGAUUCAACAAAAACGCGACCUUACCGUGCAGAUGCGUCAUGAAAUGAAAACGUUCAUGCAAGCACGAGAGGCUUGGAAACAGAAACAGAAGGAGAUGGUCAUCAAUGAGGAACGGAAGAUUGAGGAGCAGAACAAAAUGAUGUCUGAUAGGAGCCUUGCUAUAGUGCAGGAGAGAGAGCGCAAAAUGAAGCUUAAGGAGGAAAUUAAUGAAAAGAUGUCAGCUAAAAUAUUAGCAGAUGAGGCUGCCCGCCAAGAACGCACAAACAUAAUCAAGCUCCUUCAAGAACAAGAGUACUUGGAGAAGAACUUACAAGACGAUGUCGCGGAGAAGAUGAAGCUCGAACACAUGCGACGCAGCACCAAGGAGGCGCUGACCGAACAGAUCGAGGAGAGGAAACAAGCGGUUAUUGAUCGAAGGAGGGUAGAAGCACAGUUUAGAAAAGAGACAGAAGACAAAAUAGCAGCGGACCUAGCUAAAGAACGCGAGGAACAUCAGAAACGAAGAGAGAAAGGGAAACUAUACUCACAGGAGCUGCUGCGACAGAUACAAGACAACGACAAGCGCAGGAAACAGGACAAGCAGAUGGAAGAGAGGCGGGCUCUCUACGUGUUCGAGUAUGAUCAUAAGUGGCGCGAGGAAGUAUCGAAAGAACGCGAGAAGAUGAUCGAAGAGCAUGCUCCUCAACUCCUCGGCUACCUUCAGGCAGGAGUACUCCAGCAUGGGGACCUGCCUGCAGUACGGGCUGGUGCUGACAAACGACCUGACUUGAAGACCCUGGAUAUUGAAGGCAUGGCUACGUCUAAUAGGGCACAUCGGUUUGCCAAGUGUAAUGCUAUGUGUAGGGUACUGAGGGAGUAUUGAAACUGUAUUAUUUUAUAUUUAUUAUGUCAUCUUUCAUGUUGUAUGUCAUUAUUAUUUUAACAUGAUAAAUUGCCCCAACCGUCAUCAUAGUAUGACCACUUUAUAAAAUUAAUUACUGUUGGCGUAAUACAAUACAUUAAAUAUACCAAAGGAGAUGUUUCGAAAUCUAUGGAGACCACCAGAUUUUUCGAGGUACUUUACGUAUCAUACAUAUCUCAUUUAUUUCUUAAAAUUAAAUGAUUUGACAACUGGCCAUGAAUCAUGGCUCAUGAAUUUUAAAUUGACUAAAACUUUCAGUCAACUAGGGUAUUGUUAAAUUGUAAAAAAGAACCUUAUUGAAAUGCUUGCUUGCAUCUGGUCAUGUCAAGAAAUCUGAAAUAUUCCGUUGCAAAUGCAAAAGUAACUCCGCCUGUCUCGCUUUCACGCCAAUACUACUGAAUCAAUUUAAAUGAAAUUUGGUAGAUAGAUAGUCUAGAACCUGAGAAAAGAUAUAGCCUGUUUUUUAGCCGGUUGCGGGAGAUUCCCUCGGGACGAUGUGGGUCAAACCGCGGGAAAUAGCUAGUAGCAGAAUAAUUAUGAUUAAAAACAAAACAUUUGCAUGUGUGUAUGAAAUGAAAAUGUUAAGCAUACUUACAAUAUUUGAGCGUCAAGAUAAAAUAGACUGUAACUGAUAUACUUUCAAGUAUAGAAAAUACAGUAGGUACUGACAAAAAUGUCGAUCGCUUAAAUAUGUUGAAAUAAUGAUAAUAUGUUUCAGAAUAGUAUGCAAGUGUUUUGUUAUUUUUUGAGAUUUUAAAUGAAGCAUAUAUAUUAAACUAUCAAUAUCACUUAACUUAAUUUGUCUUAUAGUAACUUUCGCCUUUGGUAUCACCCACAGCCCGAGGAGCUAUUUCUGUAGCCUAUGUUUUUCACCAGAGUACCACUAUUUCUGUACUAAAUUGAUUCUUAAUUGGUUCAGUCGUUUUAACGUGAGUGCGUAACACAGAAUGAGUUAGUUAAUUAGGAUAAAUCUAGUUGUAACAUUAAAUACAUUAUUUACUUCAUAAGAUAAGCACAUCCAUUUCCAUCUCCCGAGCCUUUUCCAGGUUGGGGUCGGUUUCAGUUACCCGGGCAACCCAAUACCCCCUUGGUUAGACUGGUGUCAGACUUAUUGGCUUCUGCUUACCCAUAACGUUGUCAAAGAUGUUCAAUGUAAGCCGGGACCUACAGUUUAACGGGCCAACCGAAAUACAGUCAUUGGUGUCCAAGAUAUAUUUAGAAAGUACAUACAAACUUAGAAAAGUUGCAAUAGCACUGAAUCGAACCCGCACUCAUACUUGAGAGGUUGGUUCUGUACCCGCUAGGCCACCACGACAGAAGAUAAGCACAUAUCAAACAGUAAUAUAUCUACAACAGCUUGUAAGCUGCAGGUACCACAUUUCGCGUACCGCAUUGUAUCGCGGCUAAUCGUAGCUUGAAGGCGCGAUGACAUUUAGUCUACUACACUAGCAGAGGAGGAGAAGCGACUUCACGCUGCGUUCAACCGCGACACGAUAUGAUACCCAAAAUAUGUAUUUCUGUGUAUUUGUAUGUGAUGUGAACUGACUUUAAAUGCCUGCCCACCGUUGCAAAUAUCCCAAUAUUUCCCCUUAUUUAUCAAUAGGACUGUUCUAACAGGUACAAUAGGUCUCCGCAGUCCAUAGCUUCACUAUUUCUACUUCUUAAAAGAAUAUCCAAGGCCUUGGCAGCCUUUUCAUCAAGCGUGAAUAUCUUGACUGGUUUUACUAACUCUUCAAUGUUGAAGAAACCUGCUGAAACAUAAAAAUGCAAUUUUUAUUAAUUUUAAUGCAUUUUCAUAACGUAUUUAAUGUAUUUUGUAUCUUUGAUAACUUUUUGUUAGUGGCAUUAUUUAUUACAUUUUAACUAAACUCUUUUGCAAAAAAAGCGGGCACCUAUGCGAAAUCUUAGUUUUAAGGACUUUACGUGUACUUCAAAGGGUUUUAAUGAUUUUAGUAUGUUUUUAGCAUCAAAAGAGUUAGCCGAGCAUGCGUGAGAGUGUAUUCUAAAUUUGAAUUUUGUACAAUUGCUAAGACAUUGGUUAAACCUUGUUUUGGACUAAUUGCUAGCAGAAAGUUCGUCGGUGUUUUGAAAAGUUUUUGAAGUGAUUUUCAGAAAAAUGAUAAUGCAGUUUUAAUUAAUGAUUCAUGUACUUUUUUGUUAGAUCAAAACAUUUUUGAAAAACUAUGCGUAUUUGAUAAAAUGUUCACCUGCUCUAAAUGGGCUAUAUUAAUGAUUGAUGGCAAUGUUAAGAGUUUCGGUAUUUUAGUGUAAAGCGUUAUAUUGUUUAGAUAUUGUACCCACGUGUUUUAAAAUAUCGCUUUUUCAUAAAUAAACACUAUUUAGAAGAGUAUCAGUACUU